GGAAAUUAAGGACCGUUUUAUUUUAAAAUGUUCAGUAAAAUGCUGAAGAAAAGGUUCAACAUGUUUAUUUUCUUCUGCUUGUGGAGCAUCUCUGGUGUGUUUGGUGUUGGUGAAGUGGAGUCAGUGUCAGUGACCGAGGGAGAAUCAGUCACUCUAAACCUUGAUAUUACUAAAACACAGGAAGGUGAACUGAUAUGGAGGUUUGAACAGAUUCUCAUAGCUACAUUCAACAUACAGAACAAUGAAAGUGAAUGUCAUGAUAAUACUGCUGGUGGGAGAUUCAGAGACAGACUGGAGCUGGAUCAGAAUGGAUCUCUGAUCAUCACAAACACCACAACUCAACACACUGGACUUUAUGGAGUAUACAACAGGAGUGACAUCAAUAUCAACAUAUUCAGUCUUACUGUGUAUGCUCGUCUGCCUGUUCCUGUCAUCAUCAGUGACUCUGUAAAAAGUUCAUCAUCAUCAUCAGAGCAGAGUUGUUCAUUAGUGUGUUCAGUGGUGAAUGUGAGUGAUGUGACUUUCUCCUGGUACAAAGGAAAUUAUUUAUUUUCCAGCAUCAAAAUGUCUGAUUUCAACAUCAGUCUGUCUCUACGUCUGGAGAUUGAGUGUCUGGAUGAUUCCUACAGCUGUGUGAUCAACAACCCCAUCAGAAACCAGACUCAACAUCUCAACAGCACUGAGCUCUGUCAGCCGUGUCCAGAAACUCUUCACUGUUGUGGUUUUACUGAAGCUGUGAUCCGAUUGGUUCUCUCUGCUCUGGUGGGCGUGGCUGCUGUUGCUUUUCUGUUUUAUGACAUCACAUCCAGACGUCUUCAACAGAAGAAGAGUCUGCAGACAUCACAAUCACACACUGAUUAAUCACAUACUUACAGUGGAGAUG